AUGAUUACUUCAGAGUUACCAGUGUUACAAGAUUCAACUAAUGAGACUACUGCCCAUUCUGAUGCUGGCAGCGAACUUGAAGAAACAGAGGUCAAAGGAAAAAGAAAAAGAGGUCGACCUGGCCGGCCUCCAUCUACAAAUAAGAAACCUCGAAAAUCACCAGGAGAGAAGAGUAGAAUUGAAGCUGGGGUUAGAGGAACAGGCCGUGGAAGAGCUAAUGGGCACCCUCAACAAAAUGGUGAAGGGGAGCCUGUCACAUUAUUUGAAGUGGUGAAACUGGGGAAAAGUGCAAUGCAGUCUGUGGUCGAUGACUGGAUUGAAUCAUAUAAGCAAGACAGGGACAUUGCACUUCUGGACUUAAUCAACUUUUUUAUCCAGUGUUCAGGAUGUCGAGGUACUGUGAGAAUAGAGAUGUUUCGAAAUAUGCAGAAUGCAGAAAUCAUCAGAAAAAUGACUGAAGAAUUUGAUGAGGACAGUGGUGAUUAUCCCCUUACCAUGCCUGGACCUCAGUGGAAAAAAUUCCGUUCAAACUUUUGUGAAUUUAUUGGAGUCCUGAUUCGACAGUGUCAAUAUAGCAUAAUUUAUGAUGAGUAUAUGAUGGACACAGUAAUCUCACUUUUGACUGGUUUGUCAGACUCCCAGGUCAGAGCUUUUAGGCAUACAAGUACUCUUGCUGCCAUGAAGCUCAUGACUGCUCUGGUGAAUGUUGCCUUAAACCUCAGUAUUCAUCAGGAUAAUACACAGAGACAGUAUGAAGCUGAGAGAAAUAAAAUGAUUGGGAAGAGAGCCAAUGAAAGGUUGGAGUUACUACUUCAAAAACGUAAAGAGCUACAAGAAAAUCAGGAUGAAAUCGAAAAUAUGAUGAACUCUAUUUUUAAGGGUAUAUUUGUUCAUAGAUACCGUGAUGCUAUUGCUGAAAUUAGAGCCAUUUGUAUUGAAGAAAUUGGAGUAUGGAUGAAAAUGUAUAGUGAUGCCUUUUUGAAUGACAGUUACCUAAAAUAUGUUGGCUGGACUCUUCAUGACAGGCAAGGCGAAGUCAGACUGAAGUGUUUGAAAGCUCUACAAAGUCUGUAUACCAAUAGAGAAUUAUUCCCCAAAUUGGAGCUAUUCACUAACCGGUUCAAGGAUCGCAUUGUAUCAAUGACACUUGAUAAGGAAUAUGAUGUUGCUGUUGAAGCUAUUCGAUUGGUUACACUAAUACUUCAUGGAAGUGAAGAAGCUCUUUCCAAUGAAGACUGUGAAAAUGUUUACCAUUUGGUGUACUCAGCACAUCGCCCUGUUGCUGUGGCAGCUGGAGAAUUCCUUCACAAAAAAUUGUUUAGCAGACAUGACCCACAAGCAGAAGAAGCAUUAGCAAAGAGAAGGGGGAGAAACAGUCCGAAUGGGAACCUUAUUAGGAUGCUUGUCCUUUUCUUUCUUGAAAGUGAGUUACACGAACAUGCCGCCUACUUGGUGGACAGUUUGUGGGAGAGCUCUCAAGAACUGUUGAAAGACUGGGAAUGUAUGACAGAAUUGCUAUUAGAAGAACCUGUUCAAGGAGAGGAAGCAAUGUCCGACCGUCAGGAGAGUGCUCUUAUAGAGCUAAUGGUUUGUACAAUUCGUCAAGCUGCUGAGGCACAUCCUCCAGUGGGAAGGGGUACCGGCAAGAGAGUGCUAACUGCCAAAGAAAGGAAAACUCAAAUUGAUGAUAGAAACAAAUUGACUGAGCAUUUUAUUAUCACACUGCCUAUGUUGCUGUCAAAGUAUUCUGCAGAUGCAGAGAAGGUAGCAAACUUGCUACAAAUCCCACAGUAUUUUGAUCUAGAAAUUUAUAGCACAGGUAGAAUGGAAAAGCAUCUAGAUGCUUUAUUAAAACAGAUUAAAUUUGUUGUGGAGAAACAUGUAGAAUCAGAUGUUCUGGAAGCCUGCAGUAAAACCUAUAGCAUCUUAUGCAGUGAAGAGUAUACCAUCCAGAACAGAGUUGACAUAGCUCGAAGCCAACUGAUUGAUGAGUUUGUAGAUCGAUUCAAUCAUUCUGUGGAAGAUCUAUUGCAAGAGGGAGAAGAAGCUGAUGAUGAUGAUAUUUACAAUGUUCUUUCUACAUUAAAGCGGUUAACCUCUUUUCACAACGCUCAUGAUCUCACAAAAUGGGAUCUAUUUGGUAAUUGCUACAGAUUAUUGAAGACUGGAAUUGAGCAUGGAGCUAUGCCAGAACAGAUAGUCGUACAGGCACUGCAGUGUUCCCAUUACUCGAUUCUUUGGCAGUUGGUGAAAAUUACUGAUGGUUCUCCUUCCAAAGAGGACUUGUUGGUAUUGAGGAAAACAGUGAAGUCCUUUCUGGCUGUUUGCCAGCAGUGCCUAUCUAAUGUUAAUACUCCAGUGAAGGAACAGGCUUUCAUGCUACUCUGUGAUCUUUUGAUGAUUUUUAGCCACCAAUUAAUGACAGGUGGCAGGGAGGGCCUUCAGCCUUUGGUGUUCAAUCCAGAUACUGGCCUUCAGUCUGAACUCCUCAGUUUUGUGAUGGAUCAUGUUUUCAUUGACCAAGAUGAGGAGAACCAGAGCAUGGAGGGUGAUGAAGAAGAUGAAGCUAAUAAAAUUGAGGCCUUACACAAGAGAAGGAAUCUACUUGCUGCCUUCAGCAAACUUAUCAUCUAUGAUAUUGUUGACAUGCAUGCAGCUGCAGACAUCUUUAAACAUUACAUGAAGUAUUACAAUGACUAUGGUGACAUCAUUAAGGAAACAUUGAGUAAAACCAGGCAGAUUGACAAAAUUCAGUGUGCCAAGACCCUCAUUCUCAGCUUACAGCAGUUGUUUAAUGAACUUGUUCAAGAGCAAGGGCCCAACCUAGAUAGGACAUCUGCCCAUGUCAGUGGUAUUAAAGAAUUGGCACGUCGCUUUGCCCUCACAUUCGGAUUAGACCAGAUCAAGACACGAGAAGCAGUUGCCACACUCCACAAAGAUGGCAUAGAAUUUGCCUUUAAAUACCAAAAUCAGAAAGGACAAGAAUACCCACCUCCUAAUCUGGCUUUCCUGGAAGUACUGAGUGAAUUUUCAUCUAAGCUUCUUCGGCAAGACAAAAAGACUGUUCACUCAUACCUAGAAAAAUUCCUUACGGAACAAAUGAUGGAAAGGAGGGAGGAUGUAUGGCUUCCACUCAUCUCCUAUAGAAAUUCUUUAGUCACUGGCGGUGAAGAUGAUAGAAUGUCUGUGAACAGUGGAAGUAGCAGCAGCAAAACCUCCUCAGUAAGGAAUAAGAAAGGACGACCUCCACUUCACAAAAAACGAGUAGAAGAUGAAAGCCUGGAUAAUACGUGGCUGAACAGGACUGACACCAUGAUUCAGACUCCUGGCCCCCUGCCCGCACCACAGCUCACUUCCACCGUCCUGCGGGAGAACAGCCGGCCCAUGGGAGAACAGAUUCAGGAGCCUGAGUCUGAACAUGGCUCCGAGCCCGACUUUUUACACAAUCCUCAGAUGCAGAUCUCUUGGUUAGGCCAGCCGAAAUUAGAAGACUUAAAUCGGAAGGACAGAACAGGAAUGAACUACAUGAAAGUGAGAACUGGAGUAAGGCAUGCCGUUCGGGGUCUCAUGGAGGAAGAUGCUGAGCCCAUCUUUGAAGAUGUGAUGAUGUCAUCCCGGAGCCAGUUAGAAGAUAUGAACGAAGAAUUUGAAGACACCAUGGUUAUUGACCUGCCCCCGUCAAGAAAUCGGCGAGAGAGAGCCGAGUUGAGGCCAGAUUUCUUUGAUUCUGCAGCUAUCAUAGAAGACGAUUCAGGAUUUGGAAUGCCUAUGUUCUGA